AUGGCCACCCCUCCGCCCUCUCAGUUCGCUGCCCUCCUCCGGCGCUCUAAAUUCGCAUCCUUUGAUCCCCUCAUCGGCCAAGUCUAUACUCCUUCGACGGCCAUGCAGCACGCGGCAAUUUGGACUGAAGCGCCUCUCGCCCUCCGAACACGGCACGCCAGCAUCACCGUCAACGCGGUCGACCGUGACUGUCACACCGACUGGAAUCGCGCGGAGAAGGAGAGUCGCUGGAUCAGGAUGUGGGACGAGAUGGACUCAACACCAGCCUACUCAAAAAAGGACAGGGACGGGCAGUGGAGGGAGAAGGCAGGCCUAAGGACGUCGGGCAAGGAUAUCCCGUGGCUCAUCGACUCCGAGUUCAACCUCGAAGCGAUGACCCACGAGCAAUUCGAAAAGUACCUCGCCAGCAUGCGCCGCCUCCGCCCCCAGUUCCGCGCCUUCCUCGCCAAGCGGCACCAGGCCCGUGGCACCGACGACGCCCCCCUCUUCCGCCAGUCCUUCAGGAUCGGCGACGAGUUCCGCGCCUUCCUCCAGGAGCGCGCUCGCCAGAAGCUGCACUCCUUCGCCCUCCAGCCCCAGCCGCACCGGUUCGCCGGGCUGUCGUACGCGCACACCCCCGGUCUCCAAAACAUGGCGACCUCCAAGGCUAUACCCGGCCGCGUCAACGGCCCCGACAGCCGUUCGGGCCACCUGGUCUCCGUUGCCGGUACGAUUGCGAGGCUUGCCAAGGGCGACCGCCGUUCGUCAACAGACGCAUCCGCCUUGACCUACCGUCUCGCAAAGUCAGCUCUGAUCGCCGCCCCGGAGGUCGUUGGAAAGGAGAAGGAAGGAUUGGAUGCGGCGGAGAUGGACAUCUCGGCGUUCGAGUUCGACAUGAACGAGCGGGGUCGCAACUUCGCGGGGAUGAAGCCGGGCUCGAGGGCGUAUGUCGGGCUCCGGCCCGUGUCUGCAGCACCCGUCAACUCGAUGACGCGGAGCCGGGUGAGGCAGCCAGUCAACCCGACUCCGACUCGCGACGGGAGGAUGUUGCUGGACACCUUGAACAGUCUUGCGCACAUGUAG